CAAAAGCUGAUUUGUUCAUUUUUACUUAAUUUUAUUUUAUCUCACAUGUUUUUCGAAUCGAUCGUGGUUGUUUUCUUUCUUGUCGUUUUAAUUGUUUUGUUUAAGUUUUUGUGUAUUUAAUUUAUGUUGUGUUAUGCUGAUAUCGUUUUUAUAUGUUUAUAUGUUGUUCAUAUUGAUUGAUAUGUAAUUUUCUCUGAGAAAUUAUCGAUGAACAGGACCAGGACCAUGGAGUCGACAAAUAAAAUCAUUGUUGAUGGUUUCAUCGUAUCAUCAUCAUUUUGCCAAUCAACAUAAUCAAACUCGAUUGGAGUUUUGGUGGUAAUUUCAUUCCAUGAUUCCAUUCAUGUAAAACGCGGGAUGAGCAAAGCUUUAGAUUUAAAGAUGACGAUCAUGAAACGAUGUUUCUUUUAAAGCGAAAUUCUGAUUUCAUUAUCGGGCGUUAUUCAUAUGCAGGUUUUCAAUACCUACAAAUAUACAUAUCAAGAACUCAACGCAUUACAACAAUACAUCUAGAUGGAGUACAAUAUUUCAUAAGCCGCAUGAAUCCAUACUCUCCAGAACUUAAUUAUUUCCUUGCGUAUCAAUAUUGUCGUUCAUUAGGUUUACAAUUAGCAUCUUUUGAAACAAAAGAAAAAGCACAAUCAAUGACAACUUAUCUACGAAACGCUGGGUAUGGUAAUUAUGAUUUUUGGACUUCUGGAAAUCGACUUGGCACUGGCAUGUUUUUGUGGAUGAGUACAGGUCUGCCAUUCAACGCAACAUUCGACUUUUUUGAAAACUCCACAGAUGGGAUUCAAGCCGGGCUUUUAGAUCCAGUGGAUCAUAAUAGCAAUACUUCACCGCAAAGAACGGCUCGUGAUAGCAGCGGUUCUGAGAAAGGAUGUGUAAUUUUGAAGCAACCUACACUCAAAUGGAUGUCAGAGGACUGUUCAACCGUUAAGGAUUUUAUUUGUGAGCAGACAAGAUGUUAUUACUACAACUACGGAAGUAUUCCAGUUUCAUCAGCACAGGGGUAAUCGCAAAAUACCUGCACUUAAUUUUAUUCACCAAUCGCAUACGCUGAAAUAAAUUGAAUAAAAUUUAUCUUACAACUUUACCAAUAAAGCAUUCAAAUAAAUCUUACAUAAAUAUCUAUCCACAAACUUUAAGUGCAAAAUUUGAGGCAAAUUUAUGUUGUUAAUAAUAUAACAAAGCCCUUCAUUCAGACCUAACAGAAAAGCUUAUUGUGAUUUGAGUUCAAAAAUCCUACUCAUACCUGCUAUAAAGCAGUUUUCUUCACCUCGGACUUUCUUGUAAUUGAUUAAACCAAUUUCAACAAAAAAAAUUGUACGAGAGCAUUUUAUUACUUUUAAUUCAAAAACAAAACGUUCACUUACAAAUACAUACAUAUAUCAAUUUUAGAU